UCACAACAUGGUAAUAGCUGCUGAAUGGCUCCUGUUUCUUUCCACCAAUCUCCACAUCUUGGUGGUGUCUACUUCCAGAACCAGCAAUCUGACUUUUGUGGCCACAAUAUUCCGUCACGGAGACCGCGCUCCCAUUGACACAUACCCAACAGAUCCUUAUAAAGAAGAAAUUUGGGAGAAUGGCCUGCAACAACUGACCAAGGAGGGUGUGAGACAGCAAUAUGAAUUGGGACAGUACUUGAGGAAGAGGUACGAGCAAUUCCUGAGCCCACGAUAUAAUAAGAGAGAGCUCUACGUGCGCAGCACAGACUACGAUCGGACCUUGAUGAGUGCUCAGGCAAACCUGGCAGGACUCUUCCCACCCCAAAAUUCUCAGAUAUGGAAUCCUGAACUACUGUGGCAGCCAAUCCCUGUUCAUACUGUGCCCGUCUCCGAUGAUCGGCUUCUGAAAUUUCCUUCGAAGAACUGCCCACGGUAUUAUGAGCUGAUGAAAGAAACCACCCAACUACCUGAAUAUCAGAACCAGAUAAAGAGCUGGAAGGGUUUCACUGAGUGUCUAGCUAAUUACACCGGUUAUAAUAAAGACCACACAAGCACGCAUCGGAUCUGGAAGGUCUACGAUACACUAUUCUGUCAGAAAUCUCACAACUUCACCUUACCUGACUGGGCCACUCCAGAUGUUCUGAAAACCUUACAGGAAAUUUCUGCCUUUGAUAUCAAAUCGCAUAUAGGACUCUAUAAAAUCACUGAAAAGGCUCGGCUGACAGGAGGAAUCCUGAUAGAUGCUGUACUCCGAAAUUUCUCAGAGGCGAUUCUUAAAAGCUCUCCACUUAAAAUGGUGAUGUAUUCAGCGCACGACAGCACUAUCAUCGCCUUGCAGGCUGCCCUGAGGGUCUAUAAUGGAAUCCACCCACCGUACGCAUCCUGCCACAUAUUUGAGUUUUACACAGAGCAUGAUGGCACGUUUAGUGUCAGCAUGUUCUACAGGAAUGACUCCAGCAAGGACCCGUAUGAAUUGGUGCUACCAGGGUGCACAUCUCCCUGCCCACUGGAACACUUCACCCAGCUAACAGCGCCAUUCAUUCCACAGGACUGGAGGAAAGAAUGCCAAGUAACAGAGCAGAGUCAGCGAUCAGAUGUCACCACUGUGGCUUUGUCAAUCACUGUUGGAGUCCUUGGAGUACUACUGAUAGCAGUGCUGUUUUGGGGCUGGAGAAUGCACACGGCUACAACGUGGAGUCAUCAGAACGCUUAAGCUUCACAAGGACUAUGCAGACAAAUCUUUAAAUAGGCAAUAUUCCUAAAGAGGUGGCUGACUAAAAUAUUACUUGAUCUUUGGUGGCUCAGACAUCUAAACACAACCCUCCUAUGUGAAUGGAAAGAACCUAAAAUGCAGAAAUUUAGAACUUCCAGGUAAAAGGAUGAAUGUAGGUGAGGUCAUGGGUGGAGAUAUGGCAACCCAGUACACCAGGUUGCUGCUGGGGAAAUGAACAGAUGUUCUGGAAUCCCGUGGCACAUGGCCUCUUGAUUACUUUAGUGUGACAUAUCAGGCCUGUUGGAAAGAUUAUAAAUUUUUACAUACGGGUUCAAGCUUAUGUACAACCCCUUUACCGUUUAUCCUUGAAAUCCUUUAUGACUGCAAAUUAGAUUCCUGGCUAAUCAUGGCAGCAUCACUUAUGGAUAGCUCCUCCCUUAGCAGUAACAGGACAGGAAUGAAUUAGAUUAAUUAAU